UAAAAAAGCCUGCAAGUCUCGGCAAAUUGCGUACGUUAUUUUCAAGGAUAUAUGCCUCGCAUACAGGAUGGUUAAACAUAUUAAUGACCGAUUUAUUUCUCUAGUAUCUUCCAAAAAAGGAGUGAAUAUGUUUUCAUCUUAAUUUUUAGUAAAGUUACGCUUGUGUUUGCGCGUUAUCCUACAUCAUCUCGAGUUUGUCUAUUCCAGAAAUUUGUUUUCAAUUUGAGGCAAAAUUGCCACGUAGUAUAGUGGCGGAAAAGCAAGUUCUUUUAUGUCCAAACUUAGUGUUGAGUUGCCAUUUGAAAUGCAGUCGUGUUUCAGAAAAUGAGAAGUAGCCUUAUUCAACGACUCGGCGGAACUUUCACCAAGUACUCGGAUAUUGCUACAUUUGAGGAAGAUGUUAAGGACACAAGUUGAGAAUGUUCUUGCAAGGAUCGAUAUUAGAUCGUCAUAUGUCCUAGUACAAUUGUAAUGCUCUGUCCAACUCUACAGUCAAAACUUGACAUUUAUGACAUACGUCAAUUCUUCGUCUUCUGUGAGCCUUUUGAGUUUCAAAUUAGUGUUGUGGUUGUGUUCUGUGACUGCAAAACUGUACCAAACAUUUAUGUAAAUUUAUUAGAAAUAGAAGUAUUAUAAAUUUUGUAAUCAGUUCAUCGUCUUUCUAUCUUUAAUAAGGAUUGUUAACAAACCUGCCUCUUGUAUAAACGAUCAUGGACGCUGGAGACAUCAUGAAGAUAGAAGUUGGAUUCCAGGCAGUAGAUACAAACACCAAGCUAUUUGAACUAAAACAUUCAGGUUUGGAUAGAACUGCAAUAUGUUUGUGGAUAACUAAGGAGCACAAUUAUGCUAAGGCUUUGAUAAAAAGUGGGGUAGAUGAAGAACUGAAAGUUGAAAGCUGUCUUGGUGACAACGAGAAAUAUCCAGUUAUGGGAAUUACAGAGGAAUGUAUCAUCAAAGAUGAGUGUGAUAAUGAUGAUACACUUUUAGGUACAAAUGCAGAAAUAGUUCCUGACAGAAGCGUUAGUGAAUAUAGUGAGGAUAAUGGUCAAAAUGUUGCCCCUCCUGAAGUUGAGGGCAAAAUAAGGGAGCUGAAAAUCACAAUUGAGAGGAUGGAUCCAGAAAUAAUCGAAAAAAUGAAAUAUUCUUCUACAGAUACAGACACACCUGACCUUCAUGCAAAAGAAAAAAAGGAUCUUCCGUCAAAAAGAAGCACCUGUGAAUAUAGGGUGGAUAAUGGGCAAAAUGUUAUUCCUGCUGAAGUUAGGAGCAAAAUGAUGGAGCUGAUAAUAAAAAUUGAGAGGAUGGAUCCAGAACUUCUUAAAAAUAUGAAAUAUUCUUCUCAAAAUUCAGACACACAUUCCUUUGAUGAAAAAGCAAAAGCAGUUCUUCCUUCAAAAAGGGCUUUGAAUCAAGAUGCAAUGAAACAACAGCCUAUAGUUGACAAAAAAACAAACACCGAGUCAUUUUUUUGUCAUAAUUGUAAUUCUUCUGCUAGAUCUAAGUAUCUUCUGAUUAGUCAUAUGAAAGAACAUAGAAAUCAGAAUAGUAAAAACAUGCACGGUACCAGCUAUAAUCGUAACACGUGCCAACAUUGUCAUGAGAAAUUCUUAACUAAAACAAAGUUAGAUGGACACAUGAUUAGAAAACAUCCAGAGUUUGUUGCGUCCGUUUCUAUUAAGAUUCAUAAAUGUUCAUAUUCCAAAUACAAAACAACCCGUAAAAGUGGUCAUGGUAAAAAUAUGUUGAAACAUCCUGAGUCGGUAAGUAACUCUCAAUUCAGCAUAUGUAUUCACUGUAAUGCAAAAUUCGCAAGGACAAGGUCAUUGGACGAUCAUAUAAUCAAGAAACAUCCUGAAUUUAUUGCAUCCGUUUCUAGUAAAAUACAUGAAUGUAUACGUUGUGCUUAUAAAACAAACAGAAAGAGUGAUUUUGUUAGACAUAUGCUACAACAUCCAGAGAAAGGAAAUAAAUGCGCAUGUACUCACUGUAAGGCAAAAUUCAGUGGAAAAAGGGUACUGAAUGAUCAUAUAAUCAAGAAACAUCCUGACUUUAUUGCAUCCAUUUCUAGUAAAAUAUAUGAAUGUACACUCUGUGCUUACAAAACAACCAUCAAGCAUAUUUUUGUUAGUCAUAUGCUACAACAUCCAGAGACAGGAAAUAACUAUAAUUUCAGCAUAUGUAUUCACUGCAAGGCAAAAUUCAGAGGUAGAAAGGAACUGGAUAAUCAUAUAAUCAAGAAACAUCCUGACUUUAUUGCAUCCGUUUCUAGUAAAAUACAUGAAUGUACACACUGUGCUUAUAAAUCAACCAACAAGAGUUAUUUUGUUGGACAUAUGCUACAACAUCCAGAGACAGCAAGUAACUAUAAAUUCAGCGUAUGUACUCACUGUAAGGCAAAAUUCAGAGGUAAAACGGAACUGGAUGAUCAUAUAAUCAAGAAACAUCCUGACUUUAUUGCAUCCGUUUCUAGUAAAAUACAUGAAUGUACACAUUGUGAAUAUAAAACAACCAUCAAGAGUAAUUUAGCUAGUCAUAUGCUAAAACAUCCAGAGUCAGGAAAUCACUAUAAGUUCAACAUAUGUAUUCACUGUAAGGCAAAAUUCAGAAGUAAAAGGGAACUGGAUAAUCAUAUAAUCAAGAAACAUCCUGACCUUAUUGCAUCCGUUUCUAGUAAAAUAUAUGAAUGUACACACUGUGCUUAUAAAACAGUCAUCAAUAGUUAUUUUGCUAAACAUAUGCUAAAACAUCCCGAUACAGCAAGUAACUAUAAAUUCAGUGUAUGUACUCACUGUAAGGCAAAAUUCAAAAGUAAAACGGUGCUGAAUGAUCAUAUAAUCAAGAAACAUCCUGACUUUAUUGCAUCCGUUUCUAGUAAAAUACAUGAAUGUACACACUGUGCUUAUAAAUCAACCAACAAGAGUUAUUUUGUUAGACAUAUGCUACAACAUCCAGAGACAGGAAAUAACUAUAAUUUCAGCGUAUGUACUCACUGUAAGGCAAAAUUCAUAGGUAAAGUGGAACUGGAUGAUCAUAUACUCAAGAAACAUCCUGACCUUAUUGCAUCUGUUUCUAGUAAAAUACAUGAAUGUACACAUUGUCCAUAUAAAACAACUAUUAAGAGUUGUUUUGUUAGACAUAUGAUAACACAUCCAGAGACAGGAAAUAACUAUAAUUUCAGCAUAUGUAUUCACUGUAAGACAAAAUUCAGAAGUAGAGUGGAACUGAAUAAUCAUAUAAUCAAAUUACACCCUGACUUUAUCGCAUCUGUUUCUAGUAAAAUAUAUGAAUGUACACAUUGCCCAUAUAAAACAACUAUUAAGAGUAGUUUUGUUAGUCAUAUGCUAAAACAUCCAGUGACAGGAAAUAAGUAUAAUUUCAGCAUAUGUAUUCACUGUAAGGCAAAAUUCAGAGGUAAAAUGGAACUGGAUGAUCAUAUAAUCAAGAAACAUCCUGACUUUAUUGCAUCCGUUUCUAGGAAAAUACGUGAAUGUACACAUUGCGCAUACAAAACAACUAUUAAGAGUAGUUUUCUUGGUCAUACGCUAAAACAUCCAGAGACAGCAAGUAACUAUAAUUUCAGAAUAUGUAUUCACUGUAAGGCAAAAUUCAGAUCUAAAACGGAACUGAAUAAUCAUAUAAUCAAAAAACAUCCUGACUUUAUUGCAUCUAUUUCCGGUAAAAUAUAUACAUGUGCACAUUGUGCUUAUAAAACAUCCUUAAGGUGUAAUUUUGUUAGGCAUAUGUCGAUACAUUCAGCUCGGUAGAGUAACUAUAAAUCCAGCAUAUAUGUGAAAUUCCAAAACAGAGUGAUAAUAAGGAAAGAUAUGCAUCCGUUUCUAGCUUAUAAAACAAGGCACGUACCACAUCACGGAACAUUUAGUUCAAGUGUCUUACGUGCACGUGCUAGUGGAGAUUUGCGCUUUAAACGUGGAGUGGAUGGGGGUCGGGCUCACCCAUAACGCGUUUUAAAUGCCGAAUAUGUGUGAACUGUUACCCUGUAUUAUUUUAUUAUCUCGAUUUCUGUACGACUUUUAUCACAUUUUUUUUUUCGAGAAAUCAACAUUUUCCGUAACAGUGCAUAUGACCGUCUACCUGUCCUUUGGCAUCCAAUACCUCCGAAACAAAAAAUGACAAAUGACAAAUAGUACCUCUGAAACAAAUUGUGUAACAGAAGCCAAGUUAGUGACAGUUGACCGAUUUGUCAUGAAUCCAUGUUGGGUUGUUACGAUAUCGCUUCUAAGAGGCGUAUACAGAGUAGAGAACAAUAUAAUCUCAAACAAUUUGCCGAAAUUGCAUAUGAUUGAUAUUGCACGGUAAUGUUCGAUUAUGCUGGCGUCGCCAGAUUUAAGAAUUGGGCAAAGUUUAGUUAUUUCCCAGAUGUUUGGGUAUGUAUUAGUCCUUAAGAUCAUAUUGCAAAUGAUGGAAAGUGGUUUAUGCAGUCUUUGACAAUAAAGCUUGGAACCAGAGCAAUACCAGAUGUUAAUUUGUUAUGCAACUUGCUGGAUGCUUUUAUUAUAUCAUCUUCAGAAAUUUCAUUUAAGGCAGUUGGAACAAUCUGUAAGAUGUAUGUUGUCAAAGUCACUUGCAGCAGACCGCUAAAAAACACUAGUAAGUACUACAAGUACUACGCAAAACCAUUUACUAUAUUUCCAAAGAUUUGUCAUCAUUUUUCAUCACUCCCGGGAUUCUAGUUAUCCUAUUUUUAACACGCUUUUAUUCGCUUGGCCUAUAUGUAUAUCUGUAACGGAAUCUUGGAGCAUAGCGUUCACCAAUUUCCACGCUCAGAACUUUGACGGGUUUGACAAGAUGGAGUGUUUAAUGUUUUGGACGAUAGCUGCAUAGGAGGUUUUAAUUUCAUUUUUGACUAAUCUCCUUAAAUCCUUAAAUUUCGUUUCAUGAUACUCCGUUUUGAAUCUUCCGAAGUCCUUUCUAGCCUUGUCUUUAUUUCAUUCGUUAUAUUAGUAUAUAUUUAUAACAAAUUUGAUAUUGCUAUAUGUGAAUAUAAUAAAAUACAUGGAUUAGUGAGCUCAUGAAAGAACCAACAAUACUGGUGUCUUUUGCCAAUGUUACAAACAAAAUUGAUAUAUAUAGUCGAAAUCACGAAAGAUGACGAUUACGUCAACAUUUUAGUCUGUAGUAAAGACACACGACAGCGAUUUGUGAAUAUAUUUAAUAAAGUUUCUGAUAUGUUAGACAGAGACAAACAGAAUUUUAUUGUCAAAACAAAAUGUAUUGCUAAUUUGCAUGUAUCCGACAAAGAUAGACGAUGUUUUCAUGUUGCAUGAUCGAUCAUAUUUGAACGAUGAAUAGUUAGGUUAUGUUCUUGCAGGUUAUGUUGUUUUCGAGUAAUACUUUGGUCUUUGGUGUUCCUGUCAUAGAGCCGUUUUACACACAAGAGAAUUACUCCGAAAAUUAUGGUCAUAAUUAUGCCGAAAAUUUUUGCUGUCGUAUUACACGUAAAAGAAUUCUUGUGAAAAUUUUCAUGGUAAAAAUAUAAAACCCGUUCUAUAUUAUAUGCGCGAGAAUCGGCGCAGAGGGUUAUUUCCGUGCAUGUCAAUAUCAAAUGUCAACGACAACAACAACAACAUAACCUCACUUAACAUUUGUGGGAGUGGUCCGGUUCGAGUCGUACGAAGGAGCGUUUAUUGUUAUUGUUUAUUCAUAAUGUCGUGGAAUCGGGAAGAAUUUACAAUGUUGUUGGAGGAGUACCAAAAAUUUCCAAACCUGUACAAGGUGAAGUCACCCAAUUACAAAAACAGAAAUUUGCGGCGUCAGGCGCUGGAUGCGAUAGUCCAAGCAUUGAGAAGUUUUAUAAUAUUAACCAAGAUCUCGAUUUCAAAAAUAAAUUUAAAUUAUCGACGUCUGUUGUCUUUCCGAUUAUAUUGGACGUCAUACCCGUUAAGGUUAUGUCCAUUUGAAAAUAUAACUCUAAUGCGCAGGCGUAUCAUAUGAAUUACUCCGAAAUUUUGUUUGCUUGUGUCAUACAGGUUGUAGAGAAAAUCUUCAAUAUUUUUUCCAUGCAAAUUUUCAGCAUAAUUAUGACCAUAAUUUUCGGAGUAAUUCUCUUGUGUGUAAAACGGCUCUUAAGGUAUUCUACUCAUAACUGUUUUUUUCAAAACAAAAACUCCCCAUUAAAAUUAUUAUUAAGAUAUCACUCGAAACCAUGAAAUAGAAUGAAAAUAAUCAGUGAAAUAACCUAACUUAAGGCAAAAUCAUAAUAUAAAUUUGUUGUCAUUAUGUGAUUUUAUCAUCGACUUAUGUCCAUUGAUUACUUCAGUACAAUAAUUGUAAUUUAUGGUAUGACGACGUAACGGUCAUCUUUCGUGAUUUUGACUAUAUAUCAUAUUAUGUCCUAUUCACGCAGCGAGGGAACGCGAACGCGAAAUGUGUGCAAUUUAUAUAGGGGGUCCGCAAAGUUGAGAUUUUACACAGCAUUUAGAUCAUAACAAAUAAGCAGUUUUUCCUAGACUAUAACUAUCUAAAACUGUAAUGACUCAUCGAUGUUCACGUGAACAUCACUUAACGCUUACAUCUGACAGUAAUAAACUGUCGCUAUCGCUUUCCUCGUUGAAAUUGACUAUAACUGGCUCUAUGAUGGUGUCGAUGUGGUGGUCAAGCUGCCACAUUUUUGUUUCUUCCUUCACAACAUGACGGAUAGCAUUCUGCCAAGCUUCGGGCGUUACUAGCUGUAUGGAAGUCUCAAGUAAAACCUUAACGUCUGGUAAUUUGAAGGUUGUGUUAUGGCGCGCAAUAUAACCCUUCACUUGAGCCAAGAUGAGCUCUAUUGGGUUCAGCUCACAGUUGUAGGGCGGUAACCGCAGCACAGUGACACCACAUUGACGGGCCAUCUCAUCAGUCACGUAACUAAUGUUCGCAGGUUUGUGCUGUUUAAUUUUUUUAAACAAUUCCGCUUUCACACAUGAAUCGUCAAACGGGAUUCCUUUUUCGCGCAACCAUUGCUGCAUGUCACUUUUUCGAGAUCCCAUAGUCGGUACACGUUCGGCUCGACGACUACGGUAGGAAGCAUUAUCCAUGACGAUCACAGAGUUGGGCUCAACUCGUUGAAGCACCCCUUGAAACCAGCUCUCGAAGCAGCUGGCAUUCAUUUCGUCAUGGUAAUCACCUCCUUUCUUAGAGACGAAAAUCAAGUCACACUCUUCUAAAAAGCCACUAUCGCUACCAAUAUGAGUUACGAUCAAUCUUUGACCUUUCCACGAAGACCUGUUGACAAACCUUCAAUGCUUGCUUGUCGGUUACUCACUACGGUUUUGUCUAUCCAGGUUUUUUAACUGUGUGACCUGCAUUUACCCAUGUCUCGUCCAAAUAAUAGAUUUUUCUGCUUUGUCGCCUAUAUUCAAUCAUUUCGCGUAGGUAUUUUCGACGCCAGGCGACUAUUUCAGGUGUCUCUAUCAAUACUGACUUCCGAUUACGCGUUUCGUAACGAAAAUUAAUUUCGUGCAGGGAUUUCCUCAUUACCUCGACGCUCAUUUGGGGUAUAAUUUCAUUUUCCUUGAUCGCUGCAUGUACAGCCUUGACGGUUGGUAUCUCAUUCCUAAAGAAGAAGAAUGUACGGUUCGCCUUAACGCCAUUUUGCUAUCGUCAUCCAAUUUAACGGCCUUUCAUCCCUUCAAAUUAAACUUUGGAUCAGUAGUAGCUCCAGUUUUCUUCUUUUCAUGCACCACCCUGCGAAUGGUCCACUCUGGAACGCCUGUCAUACUUUCACAACGAGCGAGUGCAUCUCCCUGCGACAUAGUUCUGUUCAGAUAAUUGAACACGUUGAGCACGAUUUCUUUCGCGUCCCUCUUCAGCGCUUUACAAAGCCGUCUACUUGUUCCCUGGCUUUCAGUACUUCCACUCGUGCCAUUUGUACUCUCCAUGGCUAAGUAUAACCAAAACAGUAACCACAGUAACCACAACAAUGUCAAUCACACAACAAUUCUUAUAAAAACACACAAUAUGCGAUCGCUCAACGAAACACGUUCCAAUGCGUUGCCGACGCCUAUGAGUCUGCCGGUCGAGGCGCGUCUUUGAUUUCAUUGGUUCUACCGGCGGAGAACAAUCAGCCAUUAUUUCCAUCUCUGUCUGUGCUGUUGACCACCGCAAAGCCAUAGAAACGACAUAUGUCGUACGCUAAACGGCUGUACUGGAAGGAAGCCGGGAUCGAGCUCUGAUCACAUUUUGAUCACGCGUAUGAGUCAUUACAGUUUUAAAUAGUUGUAGUAUAAUAGCAUAUACAACAAAGUCUUAAGAUAACCUACAAAAUCAAACCUAACGCAAAUUUAAUCCGCUUGUUUAUCUCAACAAUGAAAGGUGAGAAGGCGUCUAUAAAAUUGGUAGCAAGUUUACUGAGAGUUCAAAUGAUUUGUAUGCCUGGAAUACCGUCCAAUGCUUGUAUUUAUUAACUGACCUUGUGUAGAUGUAUAAUGGAUUUGUACUUAUUGUUUUUUAUUUACAUAUAGUGGAAUACAUACUACUGACGUAAUGUGUAUGAGAGAGAAGCGUUAGAAAGAGACAGAUGCGGCGUGCCAUGUUCCCAUCGGCGUACUCUUCUCUCUCGUACUCGACGUCAGAUAUUUGCUUUUCAAUGCAUGGAUGUCACUGUAUAUCAUUUGAAGUUGAAUAAAAUAUUGGUAAUA